UGGGGCCCCCAGGCAAUUCGGGAUCAUGGGGCCCCUGUGUCCUUGCCCAAACUCAAAAAAGCCUAUGAAAAAGGUACCAGGGGCAUCUCAUGGGGCCCCCUACUGACCCUGGGCCCUCGGGCAGUUCCCGAGUGCUUGAAUGGUCAGUCUGCCCCUGGGCCUAACACUACAGACAACUGUCAUGCAUAAACGUGUGCAAUGCCAUGUGUCUUGUUUCUAUGAGGGUUGAAAAUAUUCCGCACUUUUUCAAACUCUAUUAUAUACUGUAUAUAAAAGUGUGGAAACUUUUUGAA